AUGGCGAGGCAAGGCUUCGCCGCGAUCGACGAGUGCAGAGAGGUCCUCCUCGACUUCGUGGAGAAAGAUGUCGCCGCGGAGGAGUGCCGCCGGACGGUGCUCCGUACUCUCUUCUUACUGCUAUGGUUCCCGCUCUGCUACCUGACGGUAUUCGUGACCGUCGCUCUUUUCGAGCCAAACGUCAAAUUCUGGAUAAUAUAUAAUCCUAAGAUGGCCUACUGCUCAUUUAUAGCCAUGCCGCUGUUGCUCCUAGUGGUCCUGUUCUAUGCACCGAUCCAAUCCUCGACAAGCUACACACUGAUGGUCCUGGCAGUUUUCGUGAUUGACUUCGCCUACGUCGAAUCCUCGCUCUGUGCAUUUUUCGAAACCUAUUGUGCCUUCAUGAUGAACCUUAUCUGUCUCAUGACGUGCACGGAAAUACUCGCGUUUUCCUUCCUGCCGUUGGAUCUGACGGCCCCGACGGGGAUCCUGAUUAUUCUUUCGAGCCAUCUUAUCAACUAUGUAGCUGUAGCCUGUGCUCUGGCGGCUUCGGUCGCCGACAAGGCCAUCACCGGAGGUGCGAUGGGUGUAUCCGCCGCAGUGAUGAUGUUCAAAGUGCGGUCUAUUGUCAACUAUCUCGCUCUUGAAGAGCGUAUCUGAAUCAAGCUGGUCUAUUGUCUGGCGAAUUUCCUCCAAAAUUAUGACUCGUUGCUCAAAACAGCGCGGGUGUACGGAAAUCGGUGAGGGAUUUAGGUACAUAAUUCAUUCCUCGUCUUAGGAGCAUCCGCGCAAUGUUUGCCUCGAGGAUUAUGUUUUCCCGCCCCGCGAUGAAUAAUAUUCUGAUUCAUCGCGCUCUCUUGCUCGAUAUUCCAUCGGAACUCACA